GAUACAUUGCUGGGUGUUCGGAUCAUCAAAUCGGUACAACCAAAAAGAGAAAAAAAAAGCGGCGCCAAUCCAAAAAUUGAUGGAAAGGCUUUUCCCUUCAAGAGUUGUUGCAAGUCAAGUUUAUUGUAGUAGCUGGCCAUCAUGUACGACUUUAUGGAAUAUUGUCUUCGAAGCUACUAUCGUUCCACAGGUUGGAACGAAGAGAACCAGUAUUCGAAUCUGUGCAUGUGGUCGAGAGCUUUAUUGGACUUUUACACCCCACGAGGCUUGUCACUUUAUUUCUCCAAAUUGCCAACACCGCAAUUCAAACCCUCCUAUACCAUGAGCGCGCUACCUUCACUUCACGGCAGCAUCGGUUACUUGUACACUUCUCAACCUCUCGAUAUUGGCACCAGCGGCACCGUCGAUUUCCAGGAUAUGGUCGAUCGCUUUCGUAUUGUUCACCCUUCUCCAUCUCCAGAUACUCCAACAAAACAUUACCUUUUGUACGGCCGCAUGUUCUUACCUGGAGCGCGCCUCGAAGCCAUGUAUGUGCGUCGUAUGUCCCCCCAUCUACAGUGCCUGGUUACGGCCGUCAACAACCCACGCUCAGCCAAUGCUCAGAUAUCGAUGCAGUUACAAUAUGAUGUGGGUAAAUGGUGUUCAGAAUGCUCUUAUACUACGGAUGAUGGAUUAUUGGGACUUCGAGCUCUGUAUAAUUUCGGACCUCCCAGCAACUAUGGGCAAUGGUCGCUUGGCACUGAAGUCUAUUAUGGCAUUGUCGACAAAAGUGGCGGACUUUCUACCGGAUUACGAUACCGUACCCACCCUACCUCGGCGUCGCCUAUUACCGUUACCUAUACCUUGAAUCCUAUUGUGGGCCACAUGUCGUCUGCCUAUGCAGCACAAGUGUCGGACGAAUUAGCGUUGUGCUCAAAGUUUGAUUUCAGUUUUUACUCGUAUGAAAGCGAUCUCGCGUUGGGUUUGGAGUGGCGAACGAAGAAGAAGGGAACCGCCGUAGAACGUGAAAACAAUGUGAUCACGGUGACUCCGGAGAAGACUGAAAAACUGGAGGGAUUAAUCAAGCUGCGGCUGGGUUUCGCAUCGGGAUUGGCGUUAAUGUGGGAGGGACGUUUUAAGAACGCCUUGUUCAGUCUUGGCCUUACGGCCGAUCUAUCCAAUCGAACGAGUCCAAUUCGAACCAUCGGACUAGAAGUACAAUACUUCUCAUAGAUAUCCCACCUGUAUUAUAUUCGUGUAAGCUUUCGUGACUACUUUUGCCAUUGGGAAGUCCUGUCAUCAAGAUACACUUCUUUUCUCUAGAUUUUCAUCUACACGUUUUGCAUUCAUUUUCAUCCACUUUCAUAAAAGAGCGGCCUGCCACACUUGAAUUCACCAUAGAAACUGUAUAAAUGCAUUACAACCAUACUGUGUAUCAGCAGUAACAACAUUGUGUUUCAUAUCCCCAGGGAAAAGAAACCCGGAGAUGCAAUUCGUCCGAUUUAUCCCAAGCCGUACACCCGCUGUGCAAUGGAUGCCACCUGCUACUGGACGUCGCCCCCUUACAUUGAGCGACAUUCGUCAGACAAAAGC